CAGAAGAAGAACAAGAAAGAACCGGUGGGAAAUUUGACAGUGCGCGAAAGUUUGUUGUUCACGUUUCCGUCCAAGCAAACAUUAACCGUGAACGUAAUAACUCAUAUUUACAUGACAUGGACCGGUACGUGUUGGUUGUAUCCUUUUGCCAAACGGAGGACGGCCUGGCGGAGGAGUACACGUGUCUGGAGCCAGUAAAGCAGAUGCAUGACACACUUGUGGACAUUUCCACUCAGGAGUCAAAGAGAGGGAUCUUUGUUCUUCCAGCCUGUUCUCUCAGUGGCAGCCCAUCGGUUCAGAGGUGGUACUUUGCUGUGCAGGCUUGCAAAGGAGUCACGCAGUUUUGCAGCUCUGACUGGGAAGAGCUGGGGACAGGCCGUCAGAAGACGGACAGUGAAGAGGAGAAGCCCACUGCUGUGGAGUCAUGUCUCACUUCUCUGAGUAAUCAGGAGGCACCGGACCAAAAGGCUGAUCAGCCAUCACUGACAGAGUUGUUAGAGGAGGCUGCAGAAGGACUGCAUCAACUGUCAGACAAGCUUCCCCCUCCAGGUAAAGCGUUGUUGGAUGUGCUGCUGUUGGGCUCUGCAGAGCAGUCCCCUCCGAUUAAAGACCUGCUGCCUCUGCUUGGAGCCCUCAAGCACAUGUCCUACUGGCAUGCUGCUAAGAUCACUGUCGUCACACAGCACACCGCUGGGUGGCAGAAAGCAGCGUCUUACCUGAGUGCCAGUCUGGUGGAGCCGGCUGACCUACACAACUGUAUGGAUCAUAGAGAACUAUGGAGGGGCGGCCUGGUUAUCAGAGAGAAGAAGUAUGUGUCGGAGCUCCGGUUUGACGGCUUCUCUCUGCGCUCCUCAUUGGGUCACACACCAGGGACCAGUCUGCAAGCCGCCUCCUCCACGACAGACCACAAACUGCAGUCCGAGGUCUUCCAUUACUAUGCACCCGUUUUGGAUUUGGUUCAGCUGGUAAAUCUGUCAGACCUGCCCAGCUUUCUGAUAUCCACAACCCAGUUUGAACUAAGCGUGUCUGGGAAUUCGAUGAAAGCUAAACUUCUGUUGGACCAGUUGAGGUCACUGCGUGGAAAGGUCGGAGCGUUGUUCAGCUUGUCCUGUAUAAUCACCCCCAUUGCUCAGCACGCAGCCAGCCAGCUCAGCUCGCAGCGCUGGAGAGAGUCUGUAGCCAGAAGACCAAAGUCUUUACCCGUGCCUGACGUAGAGGUGAAAGGUGAGAGUGCUCACUACCUCCUCUUGGUCCAGGGCUCAGAUGACGUUGGGUUCGGAGGCUGCAGGGUCAGGAUGUUGCACUCAGACAGUCAAAUCAAUGGAGCGGCUGCCAUGGCAACAGUCUCUGGGUUGCUGAGGGAGAAGUCUCUGUCAUCACCAGGAGCCGGCUUGCUGAAGAGAGAGAAGAAGGUGAACCAGGUCCAAACACUGGUACUCAAAGAAUAUCUCCGACACAAAGAAGAAGCGUCAGCUUCAACCUCAAUACCAAUCAAUGACUUAAAGGUCAUUCUGAGUCUGGCCAGGGAGCAGUAUCUGAAGAUGAUUGACUCCACGCUGCCCCCUGCUACCACCUGUCUGACAGACGACGAGGAGGGCACACCCGCCAAGACUUCAGGUUUUCCGACCAUUUCCCACCUGCUAUCUGACUGGCCCGAGAGGAGUGUCCUCCACAACAUAGAGAACUUGCAAAGGAGAAGACAGAAGAGGAGAUUUGGCCUGCUAGGUCCAGGCUCCAGCGACAGUCUGCUGGGUCCUAAAGACAGUCAAAAGAGCUCCUCUGCAUUACUGGACGCCAGAGAACUUCUAAAGCAUUUCACAUCUGAUGGCCUGCCGACUGGGGAGCUGCACCUACUGGCUAUCAAUAGAGGUAAUAAUGUGUUCCAGUUGUCACCAGACCUUUCUCCCCGGAGAAUUAGCCAGAUGCCCUUCAACAAAGCCUCAGUGUCCCAUUACCACGGCAUAGAGUUCUGCCUGGACAAUCAGCGGUCCCUGGACCGGGACCAGGCCUUUGUAAAACUCCAGUCCCGUCUGAUUCGAUACGAGACCCAAACUACCUGCUCCAAGGAGCCCUGUGCCCUCCCGUUCACCCUCAGCCCCGCCCCCUCCCCUGCUGUGAUGUCAGAACCAGGAAGUGUGCCUGACGGGGAGACUCUGCAGAACGCUGAUGUAGCGCGACUCAAGCGCAGGUCGUGGGACACAGACAUUAUCGGAGGCUAUCCUCGCAAGAGGCUGGUGAAGUCCGAGAGCAAUGACUCCCUCUGUUCUCAGAGCAGUGGCAGCAGUGGGACACACCCUGCCAUUAGGUCUCUGCGACAGCAGCCAAGCAGAUCCCAGUCCACAGCCUCAGGUUUGGUGACUUUUCCUCCUGCUGACAAACCUAAACCGCAGCAGCUGAAGAGUCAUGAUGAAAAAGCAGAAGACAAAUCUUCCAAAGAGUCACGCUCCCAGAAACACAACCGGAUGCUACAGGAGGUCGUGGCUAAAGCGCUCAAACACCACGGCAUCGCUGCCGAGCACGAGUGCUUUGAGGCCUGCGGCAAACGACUGUUUGAUAUCUCCAAAUUCUAUCUCAAGGACCUGAAGACAUCUCGUGGUCUGCAUGAGGAGAUGAAGAAGGCAGCCAGCAGCAACGUGAAACAGGUCAUUGACUGGGUGUUGGAGAAGUCCUCAAAGAAUUAAAGACAGUCUAAAAGAAUACAUGAGAACAACUUCAUUUUUAUGUGAUUUUUUUUAUUUUUUAUUUCAUAGCUAAAAGAGGGUUCCACCUUUUUUUUCUUUUUACUUAAAAUGUUUUAUUAUAAGACUUUACUUUUUAAGAUUUCCUAAUUUAGUUUUGAAUUGUUACAUUAAUUCUGUUUUAAUGAACUUAAUCUUUUAUUUCAUUUUAUAAUUUAUUCCACUAAGAUGAUCAUAUAGUGACAUCAUUUUUGCAGUUGUAUUAUUAUCAUUAAUGUACAUAUAUUAUCUUUUUACUGUUUGUAACACAAUAAAGUGUUUAUUUCUUAA